UACAAGUGUCGCAGCCGGAAGGCCGCCGACCGUCGCUGCCUGCUGGAAAGCAACUGCGCAGCUCCGCACCACUACCGAAGGGGCUGUACGUGAGGAAACCAGCAGGGAAACCUGGACUUUUACGAAUUACCACUGGCUGUUCGUAAACAUCUACAAAGGCAUGACAGCGGCCAGCAUUUCACCUUUCUUCGACAGUGAAGUCUCCGACAAGAACAAGAUGUUCAACUACAGCCAGGCGUGCGCCGGCGGCGCAAGCAAUCAAGUCAAUUCCAGCCGCUACAAGACGGAGCUGUGCCGGCCCUUCGAGGAGAACGGCGCUUGCAAGUACGGCGACAAGUGCCAGUUCGCCCACGGCAUGCAUGAGCUGCGCAGCCUGGUCCGCCACCCCAAGUACAAGACCGAGCUGUGUCGCACCUUUCACACCAUCGGCUUCUGCCCGUACGGCCCCCGCUGCCACUUCAUCCACAACCCCGAGGAACGUCGCGGGCCCCCGCCGCUUUCGCCGUUCAACAAGAUGGGCUGCCCUCGCCUCCAGCACAGUUUCAGCUUCGCGGGCUUCCCCAGCUCCGGCGGCUCCCAAGACAGCCCCACCUCGGUCACGCCGCCUCCCGCUCGCUCCACCGAAGACCUGACCGAGUGGUCCGCCAAUCCCUUCACCUGCUCAAGGCAGGAGAUCGCCGGCCUGUUUGGCCCCGGUUGGGGGGCCCCUCCUGCGUGUGAGCCUCAACUUCCGGCCCGGCUUUCCCCGACGAUCUCCUGUUUUUUCCAGCCGGCCUCGGAGGGGCCCCCCAGCCCCCUCAGCUCUCUGUCUGACCAGGAGGGUUACCAGAGCAGCCUUGGCAGUCAGAGUGACUCCGAGUCGUCCGCCCUCCUGGACGCGUCCCGCCGCCUCCCGAUAUUCAGCAGGCUCUCGGUUUCCGACGAGUAAGAAGAUUUUUUUUUCGUGGAGCGACAAGAGCGAAGAUGAGGACACCCCCCCCCCCCACACACACACACACACACACACACACACACAUACAACUCCUCAGCUCUGUUUACAGAAGAACUCCGAUAUCCAAUAUCAGAUGCCUUAUCUUUUGAGGGUUUCACUUUUUCCGGUCGUGUUUUGCACCCCUUUUCAAUUGCCGUCGGGUCUCUUUAACAAAACGAACAAUUGCUAACCCAAGUAUCGUCUCCGCGCGCGCGCCCCGGCCGCGGCGCCGUGUCGAAAAGAAUGUGAAGCAUUGCGAAAUGUAGCUCCGAUUUAUAAAGCGGUAAAGCGCGCACUUUUCAUCGGAAGCGGCAGUAACGCGAGGGAGGGCAGCUGUUGCGCCGCGUCUGUCGCCGUUGUUGCCAAUCUCCGGGCAGCCCCCGCGUUAUUGCCCGUGCCACAACCUUUGAAACCUCCCCGUGAAAGCUCAGUGUUUAAUUUGUAAGGAUCGCCUCAGCGAAGUGAACAAGCGGACAUCAGGUGAGAUUAUUUUUUUUGUUUGUUUGUUUUGUCAAGCUAACAAUCGGCCUCAUCAAAACCCAGUUUCUUUAAAAUCACGGCGAGUGAGCGCGCGCUGUUGUCGAUGUCCGCUAGUCACACGUAGCUCCUACUUCGCAAGGCUGGAAUCCCGCAGCUGUUCCGAGGACAGAAAUGACAAGACGGUUUUUGGUGCAGGCCCCGCAGCGUGAAGAAUCAUUUUCCGGCGAUUUCUCGUUGCCACGGGUUCUGUUUUGUUCCGAGUUUGUUUGAUCACGGAGCCCCCCCCCCCGGGGCAAUAUUAGCUGGGCGCAGGAGGCGAGCUAAAUUUCUAAAGUGUCAGCAGACGAUGUUGAGCAGGCAUUCGGAAGGUGCGGCCUUUGAGCUUGGCCAAGUUUUGCUCCUAAAUGUUGAGUCAUCGCUUUUGGUCUCUCCUCCCUGUCUUGGCCAGCUGAAGUGUUUCGCGUGAUUCCCCCUUUGUUCAUAUCGAUUGUAUAUUAUUAUUAU